AUGUCUGACACCGACAUUCCUGAUGCUGCCCCGCAGGCAGACGCUUCAUCCCCUUCGUCGCCCGCUGCUAAGAAGACGUCGAGCGCGACUGCGGCAAAGCGACCAACCAGCAGCACUACCGCCAGUGGUCUCAGACGUCCGGGCACAUCAUCCAGCUCCACGACGAAACCUGUUGGCACCAGCUCAGUUUCCAAAUCCUCCUCCGCUACCGGGAGCACGUUGAGCAAGGCUCCAACCAGACCUGCUGCGGGAACUACACCCACAGUGAAGCGACCCGGCACGGCAUCUACGACUGCAUCCCAUCGCUCUCGCCCGUCAGUCUCCGAGGAUGAGUCCAAAAAACGCCCUACGACCAGUUCUUCCAGCGCUAGUCGCCGCACCUCGACUGCCCCAGUCUCCCCAUCCUCCAAGACGGCGGGAACUGCGGCCGCAGCUCGCAAGCCCGUGACAGCUAGCAGUAGCAGUACCGGCACCACGAGAAGCACCUCAGCCGCGCCCAGGAGCUCCACUGCUAGCACCAGCGCUACUGGCGUGAGCCGUACAGUCGCUUCCAGACCCGCCGGCACAUCGAGCGGCGCUGUCGCGGACGCCAAGAAGCGCCUGUCGUCUGUCGGCGGUGCGACAUCGAGCUCUGCAGGUUCCGUUUCACGAGCUCCGCGCGCCUCGCUAUCGACCGCAAGCAGCACCGCGGCCGCCGCGGCCUCGACGGCCGAGAUCGAGGCGCUCAGGGAGAAGCUUGCAGCUGCUGAGGCCGAGGUGACCGCGCUCAAGGUUCUGAAGGAGCAGAUCGCCACUUCGCAGGAGCGCAUCUCGACCCUCGACAGCCAGCUCGAGUCCGGCGCUGCCGAACGGCAGAACGUGGAGGAGACCCUGCGUAAGGAGCGGGAGGAGGCCCUAGAGGCACUCAAGUCCGAAAAUGCUGCUCAGCUCAAGGCACUGGAGGACCAGGUCGCCGAGGCCCUGUCUAAGCUCCAGGAGGCCGAGGCUGAGCUGGAGAAGCACAAGCUCGAGACCCAGAGCCUUGCCACUUCCAAAGAGGCAACAGAUAGCGAGCUUGCACAGCUAAGGGAGACUCUCGAGGGUCUUCAAGCCGAGCAUGCCGCCAAGUUGAAUGAAAGUGAGGCUGCCUUGACCAAGGCAACCGAAGAGCAUGCCGCAAAAUUGGAGGCCCUGCAGCAGUCCCUUGAAGAACAGCAAAAGGCUGCCAUCGCCGCCUUGGAAGCUAAGCACCGUGAAGAGCUGUCAAAGAGCUCGGCCGAUGCAGGUGAUCACGCGAAAGCCAUGGCAGAGAUGAAGUCCAGCCACGAAUCUGCCAUUGGUGACCUGCAGAAAAAGAUUGAUGAUCUCACGGCUUCACAGCAGGAGCUAGAGGCAGCCCACGAGGCAAAGCUGCUGUCAGAGACAGAGUCCAGCACAGCUAGGUUAUCCGCUCUUGAGGCUGAGAUUGCCGAUCUGAAAGCCAAGCUCGAAACUGCGGAGCAGGCUGCAGAGGCUGCCAAGACAGAUCUCGAAGCGAAGACGACCCUGCUGCCUACACUCGAAUCGCGUGUUUCGGAACUUGAGGCUGAGCUCGACGCUGCGAAGCAAGCAGCAACCAAGGCCGAGGAGGCCCUUAAGGAUUCUCAAGCCCAGCUUGAGUCUGCUCUCGCCGAGAGCAAGGAGAAGGAUGCCAAUCUCCAAAAGUUGCAGGAAGAGCUUGCCUCGCUUGAGUCGAGGAAGGACGCACAACAGGCCGCCAUCUCCCGCGACUACGAGCGCGAGAUUGAGGAGCUCAAGGGAGAGGCACACUUCAAGCGCCAAUUCCAAGAUCUUGAACCUAAGCACAAUGAGCUUGUGCUCAAGCAUGAGGAGCUCGUCAAGUCGCUUGACGAAAUCAGCAGGACACACGCUGACCUGUCAAAGAAGUCGUCCGAGGACGCCGAGGCCCAGGCCAAGGCCCUCGCUGCCGCCAAGGCCGAGCAUGCGGCUAUCGCCGAAGCUCUCGCUGCCAAGGAGGCGGAGCACCAGGCUGCUCUCGACGCGCUGCGUGCCAGCCAUGCCGAGGCUCUCGAGAGCGCCAAGCUCACCGCAUCGGCCGAUCGGGAUGCCGAAAUCAAGGAGCUCGAGUCGCUCAAGGCUAGCCACGCCGAGCAAAUCGAAAGGCUCAAGGCUGAUGGAGAGGCUGCUUUGACCAAGGAGCUGGAGGUGUUGAAGGCUGCCCACGCUCAAGCAGUUGAGGCGAUCAAACAAGAGCUUGCAGCCGAAAAGGAGGACUUGGUGGCCACUCACAACAAGGAAAAGGAGAGCCUUCUUUCCGCGCAUGCAGAGGAGCUUGCCGCUGCCAAGGCUGCCGGAGACGGCGCCGUCAGCUCCAAACUCGAAGAGCUCAAGGCCGACCUGGAUGCCAAGCACACCGCAGAGAUCGAUAAACUCAUGAAGGAGCUCGAGGAGACCAAGGGCCUUCAAAAGGAGAUUGACGCUGCAGAAGCAAGGUUGAAUGAGGCGAAGGCCAGUCAUGCAGCAGCACUCGAGGCGACCAGGAAAGACCUGGAGGAGAGCCACAACGAGGAGGUCAAGAAGCUCGUUGCGCUGCACACCAAUGCGCUCCAGAAUCUGGAGCAGCAGGGCGCCGCGGGCACGGAGGCUACCAUCGCUCAGAUCAAGGCUGAGCACGACAAAAUCAUCGAGGAUCUCAAGGCCGAACACGCUUCCGCCUCGACGGCGCACGCUGCAGAGCUCGAGGCCGCUAAGAAGGAACUCGAGGCUGCAAUGCUCGCGACUAAGGCGGAGUUGGCCAAGGCCAAGGAGGAGCUGGAUGACAUGGGCGGGCGGCUUGCGCACGAGAAGAUGGAGAAGUUCGAGGCCCAGGCCGCGCUCGACGCGAUCAAGAGCCAGAAGCCCGACACGAGCGAGAUGGACGCCCUGCGCGCUGAGCUCGCAGCCCUCAAGGAGAAGUCGGCGGCCGCGGACAAGGACGCAGAGGACAAGGCUGCCAAGGCAGUUGCCGAGCUGGCCGCAGCCAAGGAGGAGCUGGCGAUGGUGGAGAAAGACCUCGAGGCGCACAAGCUCGAGGCGGAUGCGAACAAGAAGCGUAGCGAGAGCGACUACAGGGACCUGCACGACAGCAUGACGGAGAUGGUGUCCGAAACGCAGAAGAAGUUGACGGACGCGGAGCACCAAAUCAAAGAGCUCCAGAGCCAACUAAAGGUCAAGGAUGCGGAGCUCGCUGAGGCGCAGGUACGUCUAUGCCAGUCGAGGACCAAAGCACAGCCGGCCAAGGGCCUAGCCGCGAGCCGGUUCGCCAAUGGCGAGAACGGCGAGGAGGCCGAUGAUGGCAAGAGCACCAACCCCAAGACCGUGGAAGGUGAGAACGAAGCUUCGGAGAGCAACAACGCCGUGCCGGACAACAAUGCUACGACAUUAGCUUUGUUAGCUAGAGGACUCGAGACGGCGAAAGAUAUGGAGGACAUGAACAACGACAUUCAGGAACAAAACAAACGGAUGCUGCGUACCAUUGCCGGGACUCAAGAAGAGCAGGUUAUACCGGCUCCUGAGCCGGCCAAGAUGCGAACGUAG